AACUUCGAUUGUUGGUAUGACCGAUGUCCCAACCCAAAGUUCAUCUGACACGCCUAAAUCAUUAAUUAUUUUCGGCGAAGCGGCGUAUUUUUAAGCGGAUGCAGACGAUGGAGAGACAGAAGACUUAGUUGUGUUGGAUCCCACAGCUGUGGAUGUAGAUCUCAACCAUCGACGUAUCGCCAAAAUUGAAAAUUUAGAGUCUCUAACUUGUGUGGAAAACUUAUGUCUCCGUUGGAACCUCAUAAAAAAAAUUGAAAACCUGCAUACUCUGACGAUGCUCAAGGAACUUGAACUUUAUGACAACCAGAUCACAGUUAUAGAAAAUUUAUCUGCACUGGUAAACCUCGAGGUUCUUGACAUUUCGUUUAACAGAAUACGAAAGAUUGAAAACCUAGAGGGCCUUGGCAACCUCAAGAAACUUUUCCUGUGUGCAAACAAAAUCUCACGUAUUGAGAAUGUCAAUCACUUGAAGAACCUUCAGCUAUUAGAACUCGGUGAUAAUAAAAUAAGGGUUAUUGAGAACCUAGAUGGAAUGACCAACUUGAAAAGCAUAUUCUUGGGGAAAAACAAAAUUACAAAGUUGCAGAAUUUGGAUUCCUUGAUCAAUCUUGAGAUUUUGGGUGUGCAGAGUAAUCGUCUAACUAAGCUUGAAGGGUUGGGCCGACUAGUCAAUUUAGAGCAGCUGUAUUGUUCCCACAAUGGUAUUGAGGUUCUUGAGAACUUGGAUAAUAAUGCCAAACUUGAAACCUUAGACAUGGCAGUAAAUAGAAUAAAAAAGAUAGAAAAUAUUAGUCAUUUAACCCAGCUAGAAGAGUUUUGGUUUAAUGGCAAUCAGAUAUCAGAAUGGAAUGACUUGAAACAACUUGAGAAUGCAAAGGGAUUGCAGACAGUGUACUUGGAAGGUAAUCCACUACAAAGGGAUGCAAACUACCGACGUAAAAUCAAAUUGGCUCUUCCAUCCCUAACCCAGAUUGAUGCCACACUUUGUCGGUAAAUUACUGAAGUGAAUUUUUGUCUCGACGAUAGCUUCCGUCAGUUCCCAAAACUGCCAAAUUUUCAUUGUCUUUAUCAGGUACACAUUAAGCGUGAGUGAUUGUCUUGUUUUGCACAUGUAGUAUGCAUUUAAGUGUUAAAUUUUUAUGACUAACAUGUUUAAGAGUAUGUACUGUAAUUGACCACAAAUAUGCAUCUCAUUUUUGGUUACAGCAUAAAGAUAGUAGGAACUUUAAGACAGAGUCUUGUGAUUAUACAUUUUUUUAUUAGAAGAUAGGUAUUUUAUAAUGUACUUCAUUCUUUUAAUUUGCCAAAGAACCAAAGGAAACCAUAUAUUUUGUGAAAUAUGGUCCAGCCAGUUAUUUAUUUUUUUCACUUGUAUUGGAAUGGUUGCUGAUUAACUGCCUCCUAGUUACUUUAGUGUGAAUGUUUGUUACGAAAUUUUUUGUGAAUGAUUGUUAAUACAGUGUCUAACAAAUAAGUUGUGUAAUGUGCUGUGUAAUGUGUCCUACAUAAAUUUUUGCUACUGUUCAGGUCAUUAAUUUUAUUAAUCUGAUAAACAUUAUGUGUAAAUAUUCAUAAAAAGAUAUUAUAUUAA